AUGAUGACUCGAAGAAUGCUUACGAAAGAGGACGAGGAUGCAACCGGCGACGAGACUGAAGUCCGCAGAGAGGACCAGGACAAGAUCAACAAAUUCAGUCGCCUGCACCAGCGCGAACUGGCGAUACAGGACGAGCUCAAGGUUAAGAACAAAGAGAAGGAGGAACUCGACGAUCUGAACACCGAGCUCGAGCUCAUUGACGAGGACGACACCGUACCCUACAAAAUUGGCGACACAUUUUUCAACGUCCUGCAGCCUCAAGCUUUGGAGAUGUUGGGCGAGGCGACGGCCAAGAUUGAGGAGGAGGUCGAGAAGCUGGAGGCAAAGCUCGAGUCAACAACAGACGAGAUGACGGAGCUCAAGGUCGCACUAUAUGCCAGGUUCGGCAAAAGCAUCAACCUUGAGACGUGA